ACAAAGUUUGAGCAGACUUCUUGUUCACUUGUUUGCCACAACAAUCUAAACCCUAAAUUCAAAUAACUACACCCUAAAUCCUACAUCCAGAAAAUAUAGGAAUUGCAAUGGAAAGUAAAUGCCCAAUCGAUAAAAAGUGGGCUUCUGAAAUCUCUUCUCUCCUCCAACCUCCUACUCCUGUCGAAGUCCAGGAGUAUUUUGAAGGGCUUAUAUCAAGCAGGCAAUAUACUGGCAUCAAAGUUAAUCAGAAUAGUCAAUUUGGAAAAGGCGUCCACGCUGGUUUGGAUUUCAAAGAAGGGGAACUCGUAUUGAAGGAUCAAAUGCUUGUGGGAAUUCAACAUCUUUCAAACAAGAUUGACUGUCUGGUAUGCAGCUUUUGUUUCAGAUUUAUUGGUUCAAUAGAACUUCAGAUUGGGAGGAAGCUCUAUUUGCAAAACCUGGGUGUGUCAGGGUGUGAUGAUAAAGGAAUUCUUACACAUAUUUCGAAUGAGAUUAAUUCAUCUAAUGAAGAAAAUGAUUAUUACAUGAAAGAUGGUAAUGAUUUGAAGAAAUGCACUUCCAGCAGUUCCACAGAAAAAGUCACUUUGCCUAAAGGGGUUGUGGAAUCAUUAAUGAGUGGUGAAUUGCCACUGCCUCACUCCAAGAAAUUUCCCUUACCUUCCCCCAUUUCUUGUUCUGGGGGAUGUGGAGAAGCUUACUACUGUAGCAAAUUAUGUGCAGAAGCAGAUUGGGAAUCUUCUCAUUCAUUACUCUGCACUGGAGAGAGAUCAGAAUCAUUAUCUAGAGAUGCACUUCUCAAAUUCAUUCAGCAUGCUGAUGAGACAAAUGAUAUUUUCCUCCUUGCAGCCAAGACAAUUGCUUUUACCAUUUUAAGAUAUAGAAAGCUAAAAGCUACUUAUCGGGAAGGACAAAACAAGUACACUGAUUCUGCUGAUUUGGACCGCUCUAGACUCUCUUUACUUUUGGAGGCAUGGAAGCCAAUAUCAAUUGGAUACAAGAGAAGGUGGUGGGAAUGUGUUUCAUUGCCAGAUGAUAUUGAUUGCUCUGAUGAAACUGCCUUUAGGAUGGAAAUAAGAGAUCUUGCGUUCACGUCACUGCAGCUCCUUAAGGCGGCCAUCUUUGAUCAGGAAUGUGAGCCAUUAUUCUCCCUCGAAAUCUAUGGGAAUAUGAUUGGAAUGUUUGAACUGAAUAAUCUUGAUUUGGUUGUAGCCUCUCCAGUAGAGGAUUACUUUUUGUACAUUGAUGAUCUUCCAUAUCUUGAAAAGAGAAAAGCUGAAGAAAUUACACAGCCCAUUCUGGAUGCUCUUGGUGAUGGCUAUUCAGUCUGCUGUCAGGGUACUGCAUUCUAUCCUUUGCAGAGUUGUAUGAACCAUUCUUGCUGCCCAAAUGCAAGAGCUUUCAAAAGAGAGGAAGACAGGGAUGGCCAAGCAACAAUCAUUGCCCUCAAACCCAUUUGUAAGGGAGAAGAGGUUACGAUAUCAUAUAUAGAAGAAGAGCUUCCAUUUGAAGAGAGACAGACAUUACUAGCAGAUUAUGGUUUCCGAUGCAGGUGUCCCAGGUGCUUAGAAGAAGAGACCUGAACUUUUUCCAACUAGAGCUUAUGAAGAAGCCAUUAAAUGGUAUAGACUGAUUUGAAGCAUAAAGGGAAACUGGUGUGUAAUAUGCGAUGUGUGAUUAUAAAAAAUUUUGUAUUGGAGAAGGUGAAAAAAGAGGAAGAAGUGACGGGAAGAAGACUGAUUAGUCUAGUGCAACAAACAGUUUUACUUUUCAUAUUUUAAUUGUUACUAAACAGUUAGUUUGGAAUUUUGGACAUCGGUUUUGCAAUUAGAGCUUUUUUGUUUACAAAUGAAAUUGAUUAAUGCUACCUGUGGAUAAAAUUUUUAA